AUUAUUAUCCCUAUCUUUUCUCUCUUAUGUCAUACUUCUUCUUCGGCUCCUGCUGCCAAUUUUUUCUUUCCAGCGGAUAUAAGAAUGGCAGAUGUUGGUUCAGAGGAUAAAAAAAGCAAAUUUACCAGCUUACAUGAGCAGCAUCAACAUGUGCAAUAAGGCUAUAAGCAAAUCAAAAUUCAAACCUAACCUGGCAACCAAUGCCAACCCACGUGAAUGGGGGUCCUCAAUCCUCAGGCUGUGCUCAAAUAUGGAACCCAAAACAGGGAGAGAGUUUGAGUUCUGCAAAUAAUUUGACUAAAAUGUUUGUUUGAUUCACUCAGUUUGCCUCCUCUCAUAGAUACAAUACCAGUCUCCACUCCUCCCAUGUUCUCCUCCCAUUCCUUCAAUAAUUGAAUCUCUCUCCCUCUCCUCCAGCUAUUUAGAUCUCCAAGAUUUCUACAACAUGGUAGUAUACCUCUGAGUUAAUAAAAUGGCAAAAAAGCUACUAAUCUCUUUUCUUCUCUCCUUCUCUCUGAUUCUGCCCACCUCUUCUCCUCAGCAGCUUUCCCUCACACAGUCUCAAGUUAAAGGUAGCUGGAUCUCAGGAAGGAAGCUUUUGGAAGAGAUUAUAGUUCCAGCUGCAAUUCUGUCGCCAAAACUUUCAGAUAAGAUGGAGAGAUUUGAAGCCAAAAGAGGCGCAAAAGGUGGGCAUGAAAAUAGAGAGGAAGAGGAAGAAGGUAAAGGAAUGGUGUUCACUGCAGAUUACAACAAAGUAAAAACACACUCCUCUCCAUUGCCAAAGCACCCAAAGCCAUAGUUGAUUUAUAUUACUUUUAUGGUGACUGAAAUCUCUUCAGGAUAAAGGGUGUUUUAUGAAUGUAAAA